AUGGCAACAGGGAGAUCAACUUUGAGAAGGCGAAUCGCAACUGCACCGACCCGUUCCAGUUCGAAAACAUCCGCAAGGAGCCCUGCGAGUGCACGCCUUCAGACUACGAGAAGGAGUACUCGAAAGGGGACGAUGGGAAAUGCUACCUGCAGUAUCGCCCAAGCAACUGUCAGGGAGGGCAAGAGUCGAAGCGAAUCCCGGUGGACCUUCUGUUCUGUGAGCUGAAGCCGGUGCCGUGCACGGAGGCGAACAUGAAGAGCAUGUACCUCACGUGCGACUACAUCCGUGACCCAGCCACCAACCAGCAGCUCUCCAAGACGCGCAUGAUCCAGGUGUGGCUGGCGCUGACAGUGAAUCUCACCAUCCCCGGCUACAUCACAUACGACUUUGACGUGGACAUCCCUCCCGGCGACCUGCAGCGGGGGCUCUUCUUCUAUGUGGACGACAACCUGCUCGAGAACAUUGAGGACGGGGGCAGCAUGGGCGUGAGCGUGCCGGUCGGUCGCAGCAGCAGCCAGCAGUGGCCGCUGGCAGCAGGCAGCCACCGCAUCAUGUGGGUGUGGGUCACCCUCAACGCCGAUCGCACCUCCGUCGAUCGCUCCUCUGCCAUCCUGCACAGCGUGCGCGUGUGGGGGGCGGCACAGGGGGGCGCGCCCGGGUGUGUGCGCAUCCCUGCAGGCGCGCAGAAGGGGCAGAGUGGGGACGCGUGGGAGGAGUGUCCUGCUGGGAUGUACAGUGAAGGAGGGGAAGGGCUGUGUGAAAAGUGCCCUGCCAACACCUUCAACCCCAAACCAGCGGGCAACCGCACGGCCCUCGGCCCACCCCUCUCUCAGCCUGCUCCUCCUGUCUCCUUUCCCUUCCCAUCUCAGGGCAACCGCACGGCCCUCGGCCCACCCCUCUCUCAGCCUGCUCCUCCUGUCUCCUUUCCCUUCCCAUCUCAGGGCAACCGCACGGCCUGCGAACCCUGCGGCCCGGGCACGACCUCCCUUGAAGGCAGUGCGGAGUGUGCCAUCGGAGACAUCACCUCGCCCUCCUCCUUCUGCACCUUCCUCGUUCGCUCCUUCAACUCCACCGCCACUCUGCUCUACGACCUCUCCCCCCUCGCUCACCAGAACCUGGGCCGCCUCGUGGGGCCGAUAUAUGAGGGCCCGUCCUUUGUAGACCUGCAAAAGGGGCCUAAGUACUAUGUGUCUGUGUGCGCUCGCAGCAACAGUGAUAAUGCUGUGUAUCGGCCUGUCGCUUCCUCUGCUUCUGCUGGGGGUGCUGCUGGUGCUGGCGGUGGUGCGGGUGGGGGUGGUGGUGUGUGGAGUGGUGAUAGUGGUGGUGGGAAGGGGGGCAGGGGCGGCAAGGGAGAGAGAGCCAACACGACGUACCCAUGCAUCAUGUACACGGGGAAGCCGCUCAACAACACAUAUGUGUGCCGGAUCAACCCGAGUCUGAAUGAGCACAGCACAGCCACAUCGGCCCACAGCCUGGGGGACACCGUGUCGCUGGCCCCCCUGGGAAGCUUCUCGGAACCGCAGCUGCAGCGGCGAGGGCUGACUAUGGUAGCAGCACCUAGUGUGCAGCGGCAAGGACUGGUGAUGUCGUUCCACGGGGAGAGCUGCCCCAUGUCCGACGCCCCCAGCACCUUCAACCUCACCUUCAUCUGCGACCCUGAGGCUGGCUACGGCCACCCAGAGCCAUGGACGGAGGGGGGAAAGAAGGCAGCUCUGAACCCAGCCCACUCCUACCCGGCAUGGGCUAAUCGGUCGGGCGAUGUGAUCCCCGUGGGGCGCGAGGCCCCUGUGUCGUGCCUCUUCCAGAUGCCAUGGACGGAGGGGGGCAAGAAGGCAGCUUUGGACCCGAAUCUGUCGUAUCCCGCAUGGGCCAAUCGGUCGGGGGACGUGAUCCCUGUGGGGCGUGAGGCGCCGGUGUCGUGUCUGUUCCAGAUGGUGUGGUACACGGCGCAUGCCUGCCCACUGUGCACUGUGCUCGACAUGGAGCCUGUGGCCGUUGCCAACUGCAUCGACAACAAGCGCUUCACCUACAAAUACAAGACGCCAAGGCUUUGCCAGCCGAAUCCGCAGGUCAAGCUUUCCGUGCACGUGGGAGACAACGCCACCAUCAGCGGCAGCAAUCACCCUCAGAUUCUCGCUGUCGAAGCCAGCUUCGGCGCGGGCCUUCCGAAGACCAAGGCUGACGCGCUCUCCUUCCCCCUUGCGCAGAUGCAGCCCCUGCUUGCUUGUUCCGACCCGCCGCUUCCUCUCCCUUCAUUUCAGGGCCAGGCAGUGUUGGUGCAGCGAGGAGAGUGCAGCUUCGCCUCCAAGGCCCUCCGCGUGCAGCGUCUGGGAGCAGCUGCUGUUAUCGUCAUCAACAGCGAAGAAGGUAUCAUUGGCAUGGGGUGCAACGCAACGGACUUGACUGAAGGCGCUGUGACUAUACCGGUGGUCAUGGUCUCUAACUCCUCAGGCCAAUUCCUCCUUCAAGCCCUCUCCAACGCCUCCGCCUCCACUUCCCCCUCCUCCGCCUCCACCUCCGCCUCCCCUGUCACUGUCUCCCUGUACGCGCCUCCGCGCGCGCUGCUGGACGUGGCGGAGCUGGUGCUGUGGGCGCUGGCGCUGCUGUCGCUCGUGGGCGCGUCCGCGUGGGCUGCCGCGGAGGAGAGGGCGGCUUUGGAGGGGAAGAGUGGCGCAGGGCAGUCCCUGGCGGACCAGCCCCAGGGCGAGGAAUCAGGAGCAUACGACAUGUCAGUGGGUUCAGCGGUGGGGUUUGUGGUGAUGUCGUCUGUGAUGCUGCUGCUGCUCUUCUUCCUUAUGUCGCCCAUCGUCUUCUACAUCAUCCUCACGCUCUUCUGCGUUGCUGCGCUAGAGUCACUCUAUGUGUGCCUCUCCUCGCUCCUCCACAGGCUCUUCCCACUCCAGUCGCCUCACGGCGUCGCUCUCCCCCUCCUCGGAUUCGUCUCCUGGCUCUCGCUCUCCUCCUUCCUGCUCUCCCUCUCCCUCACCAUCACCUGGGCUGUCUUCCGCAACCACCCAGACGCAUGGGUGGCACAGGAUAUCCUGGGCAUAGCGCUGAUGAUCACCGUGCUGCAGGCUGUGCGUCUGCCCAACAUCAAGGUGUCCACAGUGCUGCUCUCGCUCGCAUUCUUCUACGACAUCUUCUGGGUCUUCAUCUCACCACUCUUUUUCAACGGAAAGAGCGUUAUGAUUGAGGUGGCAACAGGGGAGCGCACGGGGGGAGAGGGCAUACCCAUGCUCCUCAAGGUGCCGCACAUAACAGAUCCCUGGGGGGGAUACUCCGUGCUCGGCUUUGGAGACGUCGUGCUGCCAGGCCUCCUCAUUGUCUUCACCAGAAGGUAUGACUGCCUCACCAAGAAGAUGGGAAUGGACGGUUACUAUCUGCCUGCCAUUCUCGGCUAUGCAGUGGGUCUGCUGCUCACCUUUGCUGGACUGUUUCUCAUGAACGGCAACGGACAGCCAGCGCUGCUUUACCUUGUCCCUUGCACUCUCGGGGUGAUUGUGGUGUUGGCAUGGCGACGAGGGGAGCUCAGUGCACUCUGGAACCGGGGAGAAGAAAGCUCCGCACCCAGGGUGUCUGAGGAUGAGGAAGAGCCACUGGUUGGACCCAGCCCUGCUCGCACCACUUUUUCAGAGGGCAGACGAAAUGAUGUCCUGCACAAAGGGUCUUCAUCAUAG